AUUUGUUCGAUUUUUAUCAUCAUUGGACAGCUUCCUGUAGCUUUUUUGGGGAAUUUCGAAAAAUCAGCCAGCAAGUUUUAAGCAUUUAUUACACAUGACAUCACACAACAUUUAUAAACAAGAUGAAGAUUGCAGUAGAAGGCUGUUGCCAUGGGGAAUUAGACAAGAUUUAUGAAACUAUAGAAUUACUUGAACAGAAGAACAAUAUAAAGGUUGAUUUGCUGCUCAUGUGUGGAGAUUUUCAAGCUGUUAGAAAUAAAAGUGAUAUGCAAUGUAUGGCUGUACCACAAAAAUAUCAGGAAAUUAAAACAUUCUACAAGUAUUAUUCUGGAGAGAAGAAAGCCCCUAUUUUAACCAUAUUUGUUGGUGGCAACCAUGAGGCAUCAAACUACUUACAGGAAUUACCAUAUGGUGGAUGGGUGGCUCCUAAUAUUUAUUAUAUGGGAUAUGCAGGUGUUAUCCAAGUAGGAGGAGUUAGAAUAGCUGGCUGUUCUGGUAUCUUUAAAGGCCAUAAUGCACAUAAAGGACAUUAUGAACAUCCUCCAUACAAUGAGGACGCCAAGAGAUCAGCAUACCAUGUUAGAGCUUUGGAAAUAUUUAGACUGAAGCAGUUAACAAGACCUGUCAAGAUAUUUGUAUCCCAUGACUGGCCUAGAAACAUUUGGAAGUAUGGUGAUGUCCAUGAGCUGUUGAAGAGGAAACCAGAUUUUCAGAAGGACAUAGAUGAUGGCAGACUAGGCAAUCCUUUCCAUGAGGAAUUGCUGUAUUACUUAAAGCCAGAAUACUGGUUUGCUGCCCAUCUACAUAUCAAGUUCCCAGCAGCAGUCCAACAUGAGUCCUCAGAUGGUCAGUCAAAGGUUACAAAGUUUUUAUCUCUGGACAAGUGCCUGCCAAGACGAAAAUUUUUACAGGUUCUUGAUGUACCACAUGACAGUGAUAAACCAAUCAAUAUAGAGCUGGAUGCUGAGUGGUUGGCAAUUCUUAAAUCUACAAAUCAUCUCCUCAAUUUAAAAAGAGCUGAUAAAUAUUUACCUGGUCCAGGUGGCAGAGAAAGGUGGAAUUUCAACGUAACAGCUGAAGAGAUGAAUUCAAUCGUCAAAGAUUUUGGAGGUUCAUUAACUAUACCAGAUAACUUUGAAAAAACUGUAGAUGUAUAUAAUCCAUCGGAGAGAAAUCCACCCACUCCACAAACUAUGACUAAUUCACAAACCACCCUACUGUGUACAAUGUUAGAUCUCACUGAUCCCAAUGCUGUGUUCCUCGGUAAAGAUUCUAAGUACGACAUAAGUAUGGACGGUAACGUAGAGGAGAAUGUCGGCAGUGAUAAUGAUGAAGAUGAUGAUGUUGACGAUGAUACAGAAUAUGAAAGCUUUGUCGCUGAUAGCGAUCAGAGUUUAAGUUUUUUAUCGUCAAGUAAUGCAGAUGAUAGCAUCAUGUCUUUAGGUGUAUCGGUAAAUAUCUCUGUUGAUGAAAAAGACCCUACCAAAAGUCAAAACGACUCGGAAGAAGACAGCGAUGAAGAAUUCAAAGCAAUUAUGCAAAAGCAAAAACUUGAACAAUCAAUCGAUAAAUCUACCUCACCAUCAAAAAGUUCAGCAAGUCAGUCCGAUCUAGACGAUACAGAUUCAGAACUUCAAGAAAUUACUGCUGAACAAAAAGCUAAAAGACAAUUACAGCUUACCAGUGAUAGAGGACUUGUUGAAUUAGCUUUACCGGGGAGUGACGACGAUGAACUUGCAAGUCUAAUUGCUGAGCAGAAAAAGUUUCAAGCUGUUCCAGACAUUUCAGUUGAGGAGACACCAUCACUAAAUUCGGAAGACACAAUACCAUUGUCACAAUCUAGUCCUGCAAGUAGUGGUGAGAGAAGUGAUUCUGAGGUUGUGAAAGCUACCAGUGGACUUGUAUUAGGUGAAGAUAAGGAGGGGAGAAAGAGAAGUGAUGGGUCUGAGAGUGAAGAGAGUCCACAGUCUAAAAAAAUAAGAGUAAAGAGAAAUCAAAGUCUGUAUGAAUCUGGUAGUGAGAUGGAGUAAUUAGAAUACUGUGGAUUUAAACAUAUUCUGUCAAUACUAAGUUUUGUGGAUUGAGAAAAAAAGUCUUUGUGUGGAUAUUUGAUUUCUUUAUUGCUCUGUCAAAAUCUGUAUGCAAGCCAAUAGAAAAUAUGUCCCUUGUUGGAUAUUUGAGUUCAUGUUCACCUGUACAUUUGAAAAUUGGUAUCCAAUUAAUAAUUAUUGAUCUACAGAACUAUUUCCUUGAGUACUAAGCUAUGUCGUAACAAACAUGAAUAAAAAGAGGUAUUAAUUCUUAGUCUGCACUGAUUAAAUAAUGCUGCUUCUA